UUUUUCAAGUCAGAGGCAAGUUGAGCAGAUUUGAGAUGCUGCCUGCUACACAGCGCCUCUAGGGCCGUGCGUGCAUGUGCUGACAGAGGAGGAGAGUAGUAGAGAGAGGUGGGAGCGCAGAGACAGAGAGCAGAGCAGUCAUUGUGCGUGAAGGACCCUGACAGUCCGGAGCGGCAGGAGUUGGAAGAGAGGAAGAAGACGCCUGUAAACAGUACCUUCACCUGCAGCUGAAACACACAAAACCCCGCGGCGAAAACAUGCAAUUUGACAGAAAUUCGCGCGUGGUUUAACGUUACUUGUGCCUCUGCAAACACCUUCAGGAGGGAGUUCACAUGUUUCUGUAGGCUACGUUGACGAAGAGGCAAUGUUUAGGCGCAGACUACCGGCAGAGCCCCGCGGAGUUUGGACGUGUGUUUCGUAGCUUGUCACAUGUAUGAAGACUAUUUACUGAAUCAGGAGAAACCGCAACAAGAAGCACCGCGAAUGUAGUCUCAGGGUGGAAAGCGAAACACUGUACCUGCCAGUGUCUUCCCGCGGUCAUCUUCCUGCGUUUUUCGGAUUCUCGCAGUACUGUGUGGGUAAAGUAAAGGGAGGAUGCAGGUGAAGAAGCACCGGGACUCGGACCGGAGCGGCGGGGACAUGCUAGAAGGAGACGGCCUCCGCAAAAACUCCUCAUGCUUCUCAAAUAUCAAGAUAUUCUUGAUAUCGGAAUGCGCCCUCAUGUUGGCUCAGGGCACCGUUGGAGCAUACCUGGUGAGUGUGCUGACCACCCUGGAGCGGCGGUUCAACCUGCAAAGUGCUGACGUAGGAGUGAUAGCCAGCAGCUUUGAGAUAGGCAACCUGGCUCUGAUUCUGUUUGUCAGCUACUUUGGGGCCAAAGCACAUCGGCCCCGUCUGAUCGGCUGUGGGGGCAUCGUCAUGGCGCUCGGCGCCCUUCUCUCUGCUCUGCCUGAGUUUCUAACUAAGCAGUAUCAGAUAGAGGAAAUGUGGAGGACUGACAUGGGUCGGGAUGUUUGCUCCAACUCCAGCAGCACAGAUGUUCAGUUGGCUGAGGACGUGGUAUGCGGCAAAAGGGCCAACACCAACAUGAUGUACCUGCUGCUGAUUGGAGCUCAGGUCCUGCUGGGGAUCGGAGCCACACCGGUGCAGCCCCUGGGGGUGUCCUACAUCGAUGAUCACGUGAAGAAGAAAGACUCAUCACUCUAUAUAGGAAUCCUCUUUUCUACACUGGUGUUCGGGCCUGCCUGUGGCUUCAUCCUCGGCUCCCUCUGCACUAAGUUCUACGUAGAUGCUAUCUUUAUUGACACCGAUGCGCUGGGCAUCACUCCAGAAGACCCGCGGUGGAUCGGUGCCUGGUGGGCAGGCUUCCUCCUGUGUGGUGCCUUACUCUUUUGCUCAGCUCUCUUUAUGUUUGGUUUCCCUCAGUCACUGCCAUCCACAGAGAGAGAGGAGGGGGCAGACAGUGAGCAGGUUAUGCUUCCUCCCUCUCCUAAUGCAGAGUAUGAGACUCCAAAGCCCAGCAAUGGGGUUGUACGCAGCCCCGAGCCUGCCAACAGCCCCACCUGCUGUCAGCAACUCAAGGUGAUCCCCAAGGUGACCAAGCACCUCCUGUCAAACCCAGUGUUCACCUGUAUCAUCCUGGCAGCCUGUAUGGAGAUCGCGGUUGUGGCGGGCUUUGCAGCCUUUCUGGGGAAAUACCUCGAGCAGCAGUUCCAUCUCACCACCACCUCAGCAAACCAGCUGUUAGGUAUGACCGCCAUUCCAUGUGCAUGUCUGGGGAUCUUCAUGGGCGGUCUGCUGGUGAAGAAGCUGAACUUGUCGGCGCUGGGAGCCAUCCGCAUGGCCAUGCUGGUCAACCUGAUCUCCACCGCCUGCUACGUCUCCUUCCUGUUCCUAGGCUGCGACACCGGCCCUGUCGCAGGAGUGACGGUCCCAUACAGAAACGAGACUCUGCGGGUGGGCGAGAAACCAGAAGCCCAGUGCAUCAGUCGCUGCAACUGCUUCACCUCCUCCAUCAGCCCUGUGUGCGGCUCCAACGGUGUCACCUACCUGUCCGCCUGCUUUGCCGGCUGCACCGGAACAGGAAACUCUCGGACCACAUCGAACAUCUCUCAGAACCUGACGGGAUGCGCCUGCGUAUCCUCUGAGAGUGAACUGGCCACAGCGGUUCCAGGGAAAUGUCCGACGCCAGGCUGCCCGGAGGCUUUCCUCGUCUUCCUGUGUGUGAUCUGUGCCUGCAGCCUGGUCGGAGCCAUGGCCCAGACGCCCUCGGUUAUCAUCCUAAUCAGGACUGUGAGCCCCGAGCUGAAAUCGUACGCACUUGGAGUGCUGUUUCUUUUGCUACGACUCCUUGGAUUCAUCCCCCCUCCUCUGAUCUUUGGUGCUGGGAUCGACUCCACUUGCCUUUUCUGGAGUUCAGACUGCGGCGAUCGGGGUGCCUGCCUGCUGUACGACAACGUAGCUUACAGGCAUCUGUACGUGGGCCUCGCCAUCGUCCUCAAGGGCAUCGCUUUCCUUCUCUACACCACCACGUGGUAUUGCUUACGCAGGAACUACAAGAAGUACAUCAAAAGUCACGAGGGCUACAUGACGGCGACAGAGUUUUACCCUUCACUCACUGACGGCCCCAAACCAGUCGACAGGACAAAGUUUAUAUAUAACCUAGAGGACCAUGAGGUUUGUGAAAAUAUGGAGUCCGUUUUAUAGUUUGUUAUGCAAGAAAAGGACAAUAUGGACAUGCAUAUUCUCUCAAAGGAAUAUUUGAUUCUUCUUUUCUUGAAAGGAUAAAACAAAAUGUUUUCAAUAAAGGCAAUCUAUUUAACGGCCCGUUCAGGUCACAGGAGACGUUGCUCUCUACUGCGCUCCACAUCCUCGCUAAACUUUCAAGGGUCCAUUUUAGUUUACGUAUCAGCGAGGUGUUGUCCAGUGUUUCCGAUGAAUUCCUGUGUUGACUCGGUGGUAGAAGACAACUACAGUUUAGCUCAGUCCUAGUUGAUAAGUGAGUGGUCAUGAUGCUUUUACAACUAGUUGCCAUAUUGUUUUAGGUCUGUCAUGAUUCCAGUGAAUCAUGGCAGUCAGUCAGUGCACUGUGUGUUCUGCCUGUCACUCUCAAAAAUUUGAUUUUUAAGAUAAAAAAAAAAAA